CUACAUUAUCUCCAACUGCUAGUGACAGUAGUUGUGUGAUCCGGGUUUAGGAGCCUAUCCGUCAGGCUGUCGAGCAGCAGGCACUGAAUCACGCCAGGCACGCCGGACUCACAGGACACUCGUUUGUCGUAAACUCAAUAUAAGAGCGAAGUCAAGGCAAGAGCUUUGGUCUCUGACCCCUCGAUGACGACAGCAAUGAACGCGAACGCCGAUGAUGCCGAAACUGAAGCAUUAGAACCGAGAAUCUCCGUGGCGGAAGCGCCAAGCACGACCAUCACCACCGACAACCACGCUGACCAUUCUGCGAAUUCUCCUGGACUCUUGCACCGCUUUAAGCACGUGAAAUGGCGUUCGUUCCCUGCGUGGCUCCGCAAUCAAGUGACCUUUUAUCGAAUCCACUUCCUCUGCUUCGUUUUAGUGGACCUGGUCGCCGCGCUGAUCAUGCUCGCCUCUCCCGCCGGCAGCCUUGGAAAAAUCUCCUUUAUAGACGCGCUCUUUAACUGCACGUCCGCGCUGACCGUUACAGGCCUGGCAUCCGUCCGUAUGAACGUGUUUUCCACGUUCGAUCAGGUGCUUCUGCUGCUGCUCAUGGUGAUGGGGAGUGCGGUUUUCACAUCCCUCGUCCCCGUUUUAAUCCGGAGGCACUAUUUCUUAAAGCACCUCCAAGAGGAGGAAGCUAGGGGCGUGUUUACACUGCCAUCGGCAGCAUCCGCGGUCAGAGACCAGCCCAGCGGCCGCAGCAGCAGGGCGGCUUUUCAGAGAUCUGAGAGUGUGUUGAGCCGCGGGCACGGACAUGGCAGUGCGCUUAUCAGACAGACUAUGGAAAAACUGGACGCGGAGAGGAGGCAGGAAACGGAGGAGUGGGCGAGCAUGAGGGAGAGAGAACGGGGGGGCGGUGGGGGGGGAGAGGCGGGGGAAGAUGAGGAAGGCGGGGGUGGGGGCAACCCUCCGCUCACGAGGCUGCAGAGGAAGCUGUCCCGAGCGCUGACCACAGUGUCUAGAAUCUCCACAGAGCCUUUGCACAGAGAGCAUAGUGGCGUACCGAGUCGCAGCACGUGGCCCAGCAGUAUGGAGCACAACAACAUGCAGCAUGCUGGCUCUGCUGCUAGCUCUUUCGCCCAGGAUGUUCCUAGUGGCGGCGAUAACAUGGCAAGCGCGCGGGCUGGGGGGGGAAGUGACGUGAUUCUGGAGCAUCCGGGGGGGUAUGGAGAGGGCGGAGGCGAGGGGGGAGGGGACUGGGAGCAGCCGGGGGAGGCGGUGAAAGUGGCACCGUUUGAGAGACGGUUUAUCGAGCUCAGGGCCCUUGAGCUCCUGAGCUGGCUGGUGCCUGCCUAUUUCCUGGGGACCAUCAUCACGGGCUUCGUGCUCUUCAUCCUCAUCACCUGGUGGUGGCCCGAGUACCAUGAUCUGCUCUCAGGCAAGGGCAUCAACAUUGUCUUCAACUCGGCCUUCCAGUCCGUGUCUGCAUUCGCCAACUCUGGGUUCGGGCUCAUGGACGAGAACCUCAUCCCCUUCCAGCGCAACGUGCCGUACCUGCUUGUGGUGGGCGUGCUCAUCCUGGUGGGCAACACCAUGUAUGCCCCCAUGCUGCGAGGCGUGCUGACACUGCUGCAUGUCACGAGCAGGAAGGACAGCAGCCGAUGGUACAUAACCCAGUAUCUGCUGGACCACCCGCGCAAGUGCUACACACACCUUUUCCCGCACAAGCAGACGCUGUGGCUGCUGCUCACCAUCGUUGCCUUCAACACCUUCCAGGCCUUCUUCCUCAUGAUCCUCGACUGGAACUCUCAAGCCUUUGCGGGCCUUGGGGGCGGGUACCGUUUCUUCGACAGCUGCAUGCAGUCUGUGAGCACUCGCAAUGCCGGCUUCUCCAUCGUCAACCUCUCCUACCUCUCAGCUGCCACCAACUUCCUCUUCGUCGGCUUCAUGUACGUGGCAGUGUACCCGGUCUUCUUGACGCGCCAGUCCUCCCGUGAGCAGCGCGACGUGCACGACUCGGAGGACAUCGGGGUGUUUGCAGAGGACGUGCAGGGGGGCGUGCUGGACUCGUCCGUGCUCUCGCAGGGGCGCCACCUCGUGGCGCAGGAUUCCGUGUACAUCUUCUUCUCCAUCUUCCUCGUCUGCGUCAUCCAGGACAGCAAUUUCACGGUCGACCCCAGUAACUGGAGCGUGUUCAAAGUGAUCUUCGAAAUUAUCAGUGCCUACGGCAACGUUGGAUUGUCUUUGGGGAACGGCUGCCCCACCAGCAACCCCGACUGCACCGAUGCCCCGCCCUACAGCUUCUCAGGCACGUGGUCGGUGCUCUCCAAGCUGAUCGUGAUCCUAGUCAUGCUGCUCGGGCGGCACAGGGGCCUGCCCGACAACAUUGAUGCCGCCAUUGUCAUCCCGCCGGCCAAACAGUUCAAACGACUACCCGGCCGACGAUUCCGAGAGGAUCCUGCUGUGUUGCUCACGCGAGCGCUCACCAUGACCAAAUCCCAGCCCAGCUCGCUCAUGCGCCGCCUCUCCUCUUUGCAUGCUACUUCAACGCCUGCAGCUGCUCAAGACAUUUCGCCGAUAGUGACUUCCUCCGUUCCAUCAGAAGUUCCAUAUCGGGUGCACACCAGCUAAAAUAUACCAUUGAUGGCAUUUUAGCAUACCGUAUCUGUCAACCCAUACAAGAUUUUUGUUGAUGUAUCAUGUGUCCAAAUGAGCCAAGAUACUGUGUAGCACCUUUGAUACCAGCCAAUUGAGAAAUGGGCUAUUCCGAAAAUGGCAUUUUAGA